AUGGCCUCCUUUCUCCCUGUCAAUAACUCGGCCCCUGAAGAUCACACGAUGGAUGGCGCAGCGACACCUCGAGCGGUUCCAAAUGGCAGGCCGGUCACACCGAACGGUUCUUCGACGACGGAGCAAAUUCCGGAUAGCGCUUCACACCGGAGCCGAGGCAGCGAUACUUCAUCCCACACAACCUUGACUCAUGUCCGAACCCCGUCAAUGUCUGACGAACCGAUGCACGAUUCCGAGGAUGAGCAAGACGACUCCGGUCAUGAACAGGAUCCAGCGAGCAACGCACCACCCACGAAAAAGAAGAAAGGUCAACGCUUCUUCUGCACAAACUUCCCUCCUUGCAAUCUGAGCUUCACCCGAAGCGAACAUUUGGCUAGACAUAUCCGCAAACACACGGGCGAACGUCCCUUCCAGUGCCACUGCUCUCGGCGCUUCUCCAGACUCGACAAUCUCCGUCAACAUGCUCAAACAGUCCAUGUCAACGAGGAAAUCCCCGGGGAUUCGCUGGCGGCCACGGGUACACGGUUCCAACGUCAGGUUCGUACGGAUCGAGUACGUCCACCAGGCCGGGCGCGGGCAGGCACCGCGGGCAGUAUGGGCGGCCACACCCGCGGUCACAGCAGGAACCUAUCGACCUCGAGCAUCGCAUCAACUACAUCGACCUAUAGUCAACCCCCGGAACUUCGACGCCGACCUCCGCCUUUGAUCAUGGCCAACGAUCCCGCAGCUCGAUCCCGACUGGCCAUGGAUGCUAUGGGAGAACCUCCGAGCACACCUCCAGCUCAGGUUCGCGGCGCUCCCGGUGUCGUGACUGCCGGUUCGCCCUACACCCCGUCCAAUAUGUUUACCGGUGCCGGUGGAAGUCCCCAGUACGCUUCGCCCAUGUCCGGCACGUCACGCGGAUUUUGGGAAGGCAAGACGGCCGCCCGUCGUCUGUCGGUGCCAACUAGCAGCAAUCCUUUCCUUGCACAGCACGGUACUGCAUAUCCACCGGCAUAUCACGCCCCCGCUGGUGCACCUUAUGCACCUGCCGCCGGUGUAUUCGCAAGCCCCACCAGUACACAGUACUCUGUAUCCCGUGACGAGAGCACUCUCAGCGCGGCCGAGGCAGAAAUGCGGAGAAGAACAUGGCACCCCUCGUCAUACACGGGAUUCCCCCGCCCUGGAACCAGUGGUUUGAACCAAUAUCAUACGCCAGACACGGUCCCCGCCUCCUUUGGUGCAGACGGGACUGGAUCGUCAGAUCAUCCACCUCGUUUGCCCGGGAUUGAGAGUUUCGACAAAGUAGUUUCACAACAGCGGCCGAUGACCCCUCCCACCCGGAAAGCCAGUCCCAUGCAGCUUGACCAUCAUCGCCCAUCGCAAAAUCCUGCCUUCGGGUCUGGGUUCAAUUACACACAGCCAAGCCAUCGUCCAGCGCCACCUAUCUCCGGCCCUGGGCACAGACGAGGCCAUGUCUCCUGGGAUAUGUCUUUGCAUCAUAACUUGACGGGACUGGAUAUUCGGGACCGUCGUCCAUCCAAUGCAUCAGCGUCUCAAUGGAGUCAACAAACGCUCGCCGAACUCCAAAACGUCUCUUCUCGCCCAUCAUCCUCCUACCAGCCUGCAUUUGGACCAACAGCCGAGAGAAGUCCCGAAGAGUCUCGCGGACACCGCGCGAGCAAUUCAGUGGGCAGCCGCACACGGACCUCCCCUGAGGACUCCAGUAGCAGCGAGGGUGUUCACACCCCAUCCACCGCAUCCCUCGAGUACCACCCGGCGAUCGUGCACAGCAGUGGGUACAUUGAAUCGAAUGAUUCCUCCCUACCCUCUCAUCACCCUCCACCGAUCUGUGGUCGCCAAUCCUCGCAUUCGGACGGUUACGAAGCCCACACCGAGCGGGAUCCCCGCUCCGACCUAUUCGCGGGCCAUUCGGCCCGCAACUCGGACAUGGGCCGGUUGGAGGCUCUAGUCGCCGUUGCCACGAGCGAAAACUCAGGUGCAGCCAAGCUGUUUCUGUAA